AGAGAUUCAAAGAUGGGUUAUUCAAUCUCACCAAAUCACAAACCCCACGCCAUUUGCAUCCCAUAUCCAGCUCAAGGCCAUCUCACCCCUAUGCUCAACUUAGCAAAGCUUCUUCACCAAAAAGGCUUCCACAUAACAUUCAUCAACACUGAAUACAACCAUCGGCGGCUGCUCGAGUCACGAGGCUCGAACGCUGUCCAUGGCUUGCUAGAUUUUCAGUUCAAAACUAUCUCCGAUGGCUUACCGUACUCGCACGCCAACACCACACAACAUAUCCCUACACUCUGGGACUCCAUCACCAAGAACUGCUUAGCUCCUUUGUGUGACCUUAUUUCUAUUGCCAAUCCACCCGUUACCUGCCUUGUUACCGAUGCGGUUAUGUUCUUCACUGUGUCGGCUGCCAAUAAGUUUAACAUUCCUUAUGCCUUGUUCUUUACUACAAGUGCUUGUGGCUACUUCGGUUACUUGCAAUAUUCUAAGCUUGUGAAGCAUGGUUUAAUCCCGCUAAAAGAUACAAGUUGUCUCACCGAUGGAUAUCUAGAAAAAACAAUAGAAUGGACUCAGAAAAUGAAAACUAUACGAUUGAGGGAUCUUCCUACCCUUCUUAGAACAACGGAUCCAAACGAUAUCAUGUUGAAUUUUAUGCUACAAACAACAAAAACAUGCAGAGAAGCUUCUGCAAUGAUCUUGAACACAUAUGAUGAACUUGAACUGGAUGUAUUAGAGGCUCUCUCUUCCAUCAAUUCUCUUCUUUACACUAUUGGUCCACUUCACUUGCUUGCCAACCAAAUAGAGGAUGAAAAACUAAGAGAAAUUGGGUCGAACCUUUGGGUCGAGGAAUCCGAGUGCAUGGAGUGGCUGAACUCGAAGGAACCUAACUCGGUGGUUUAUGUAAAUUUUGGUAGUAUAACGGUGAUGACACUGGAGCAACUGAUUGAGUUUGCUUGGGGAUUAGCAGACAGUGGAAAGUCAUUUCUAUGGAUUAUAAGACCAGAUAUAGUUGUGGGAGAUUUGGCCAUUUUGCCAUCUGAAUUUGUGGUAGAAACUAAAGAUAGAAGCAUGAUAGCAAGUUGGUGUUGUCAAGAACAAGUGUUGAACCAUCCUUCAAUUGGAGGGUUUCUAACGCAUAGUGGUUGGAAUUCAACGCUUGAGAGUAUCUGUGCUGGCGUGCCGAUGAUCUCGUGGCCUUUCUUUGCUGAGCAGCAGACGAACUGUCGUUAUUGUUGUACUGAGUGGGGCAUUGGCAUGGAAAUUGAUAGCAAUGUUAAAAGGAAUGAAGUGGAGGAGCUUGUGAGAGAGCUAAUGGAUGGUGAAAAGGGUAAGAAAAUGAAGGAGAAUGUUAUGAACUUGAAGAUUAAAGCUGAAGAAGCAUGUGUUCGUGGUGGGUCGGCUUACAAGAACUUGGACAAAUUGAUCGAUGAAGUUCUUCUAUUAAAUAUGAAGACGUUUUAGUUUGAAUAAUUAUUUUAAACUACCGAAGAACAUUGUCGAGUUUGUCCAACAAAAUUUUUCU